GGAAUCUUGUGGAAUACCUAUGUGGGACAUGAGCCCAGCGCAUAAAACUGGCCCGUUGUCCGGCGUCUCGCCAGCUCAAAGUGCCACGACUCAAAUUGAAAUAAAUAGGAAUCCCAGACUGAGAAAGAACAUUUGCGGAAAUAGCGGCAUAUUUAUCGCCAGAUUGAAGGAAAUUCCACAACAAAAACCCGAACUUCUUCAACCGUCUCCAAAAGUGGUGUAGUUACAUCAGCAGAUAUAUAUAUAAAAAAGAAGGACAGCUAACCUGUCAUAGUGGUCAUCAUGGAUCUAUAUGACCCUCAGACGCUAGGCAUCAUGGUAUUUGGAGGCUUCAUGGUCAUCUCAGCCCUCGGUAUUGUUCUGGUCUCCACCUUCUCCAUGAAGGAGACCUCCUAUGAGGAGGCCUUGGCCAAGCAGCGCAGAGAGCAGGGUAAGACGGCGCCGCUGGGACAGCUGACCAAGAAGGACAAGAAGAAGGAGAAGGCGUCUGAGAAGAAGAACCGGGGAAAGAAGGAACACAAGCCCAAUGGGAAGCUUCCAGAAUUAGACCUAGAGGAUAUCACAGUGGCCGAGCCUGAACUAGCCCCAGAACCAGUUUCUGUCCCCAAACCUGCCCCUAAGCCUACCCCUGCUCCUGAACCAACCCCUGCUCCCAAACCUGCCCCUGAACCUACCUCUACCCCUGCUCCUGAACCAACCCCUGCUCCAGCUCCCCCUGCUGUAGAGGCCUCCCCUGCUCCAAAGAAGAAGAAAGAGAAGAAGAUGAUGGCUAAGGUUGAGCCAGCCCUGGCUGCUCCUGCCCCAGCCCCCAUGGCCCCCUCCAAGCCUGCCCCUGCCGUCCCAGCCCCCAUGGCCCCUUCAAAGCCCGCCCCUGCUGCAGCAGCCCCCAUGGCCCCCUCCAAGCCUGCCCCAGUCCUGGAGGCUGUCACCAAGGAGGUCCCUGUGAUGGCAGUGCCCCCGGUGGGCUCCCAGAGGACUGCAGCCAAGGCUCAGGAGACCAAGGCACAUGACAUUUCUAAGAAGAAGGCGUCCUCCAAGAAGAAGGCUGAGUCUGUGUUGGACUCUGGUCUGGAUUCCCCCCUGUUCCUGCCCUACAAGGCCCUGGUCUCUACUGUUAGCAGUAUGGUCUUCAGUCAGGGAGAGGCCCAGCGCCUCCUAGAGAUCCUCUCUGACAAGGCUGGCAUCAGACAAGACACCUGGCACGUGGCUACUCAGAAGGGCGACCCAGUGGCUGUGAUGAAGAAACAGUUGGAGGAGUAUCAGAAACAGCUCGCUACUCAGCAGGAGGAUGCCUCUGCAGCCAAAAACAGACUCCGGGAACUCAGCAGGGAGCUCUCUGCUGAGAAGUCCAAGGUGGCCAGUGUGGAGACCAGGCUGAGUUCCCAGCUCUCAUCCAGGGAGCAGGAGAUGAUCGCCCUCCAGGCUCGUAUGCAGGCCUCCUACCAGGACCACGUAGCCCAGACACAGAAACUCAAUGCCAAGGUCCUCAGUCUUCAGGAGCAGUUGGAGUCUGGUCCCACGGCCCAGCUGGCUCGUCUGCAGCAGGAGAACUCUAUUCUCAGAGACGCCCUGAACCAGGCCACAAGCCAGGCAGAGAGCAAACAGAAUGCAGAGCUGGCCAAGCUGAGACAGGAUUGUGCCAAACUGACUAAGGAGCUGGGGGAGAAGAGUGUGAGCCUUCAGACUGAUGAGGUCAUCAGGACUGGACUGGAGGCUAAGGUGUCUUCUGUAGAGAAACAAUUGUCUUCACUACAGGCCAGUCAUGCCGAGAGUGAACAGGAGCUGCAGAGGAGGCUGGAGGAGGUCAGUGAGGAGCUGAGGAGUUCUCAGAGGACCCUGGAGAAAGCCCAGCAGGAUGCUACCACCCUUUCAGAUCUCCAGGUCCAUCUGGGCAGUGUAGAGGAUGAUCUGAAGAAACGUGGGGCCCAGCUGGAGGCCCUCACAGCCCAGCUGGAGCAGACUGAGCUGGAGAAGGGACAGCUGGAGGACCAGGUGGGAUCCAUUAAUGUACUUCUCGAGGCCAGCCAGAACAGAGACGAGAAUGAGGACUUGGAGAUGUGGAGUUGGUCUUUUCUCAACAACACCAAUCAUUUCUCUUCCAGUCUUCAAGACCGAGACGUUCAGCUGGCGUCACUCCAAGAGGAGCUGAAGCAGCUCAAAGAAAUGAAACAGGAGGCAGCUAUGACUCCCGAGGUCACUACAGCUGAGACCGAGCAGGCACCUAACAGUGAGGACAGAUGCCUGGUGGUGUCCCUUCAGGAAGAACUGAAACAGCUUAAAGAAGAGAUGGAACAACUACUAAACUCUCCCGUAGCGCCCCAAAGUUUUGCGCUAAAAUCGGCUGAUGUCUCAGGAGAGUCUGAUCAGCUACUCAAUGGUCUGGAGAAGAGUGAGAGUCAGGAAGUAACACUAGAAGAGGAAGGGAUUCAACUCAAAGAACAAUCUGAACAGGCCCAGAGCAGCACCACUCAGUCGCACAACGCAGCAGAACUGGCCGCGCUACAAACCAGUCUGGCAGAGAGAGAAGCUAUGAUGAAAUCACUACGAGAGGAGCUAAGGGAAGCCAGGGACCAAUCACAGAAGGUACAGGAGAUCCUCGCUCAGGUCCAGCAGAGCCAAGAGUCCCAGCCGAGCACAGAGCUGCCGGAGCUGUUGGAGAAACUGAAGGAGGCAGAGGACAGCCACGGGACACUGCAGGCACAGUGUGACCAGUACAGGACAGUCCUGGCUGAAACGGAAGGAAUGCUGACGAACCUUCAGAAGAGUGUUGAGGGGGAGGAGCUGGUGUGGAAGUCCAAGAUGGCCGACUCUGAGGACCAGUUGAAGAAGGCCCUGGAACAAGUGCAUACUCUGGAGGAGACUGCAGAGAGCUUGAAGACAGGAAACCAAAGCAUAGAACAGCUGAAGGAGCAGGUGAUGCUUCUGGAAGCCCAGUUGGAGAAACAGUCUGAGACGGAGGAGGAAAUGGCACAGUUGAAGAAGCUGCUGUCAGAGUCUCAGAGCCAGCUGGAGUCCGCCCAGACGCAGGCCCAGACGCACAGGGUAGAGCUGGCUACGGUCAGAGGUCAGCUGAGUGAGGCGACGGAGCACGCUCAGAGCCAAAAGGCGGUCCCUGAGGCCGGGGCACAGAACGGACAAUCGGAGCCCGAGGUCCAGUCCCAGUUGAGUCAAACCACAGAGGAGUUUGAACAGGCUCAGAAGACUGUAGAACUCCAGGCUCAGAAGACUGUAGAACUCCAGGCUCAGAAGACUGUAGAACUCCAGGCUCAGAAGACUGUAGAACUCCAGGCUCAGAAGACUGUAGAACUCCAGGCUCAGAAGACUGUAGAACUCCAGGCUCAGAAGACUGUAGAACUCCAGGCUCAGCUGGACAUUCUGAAAGAGGCAGGAGACUCCCCACAGGCUGACACAGAGGACGUAGCCCAGCUAAAGGAAGAGAGUUCAGGACUGAAGGAAGGAACAUCUGUGUAAGAGACUGAAGACGUGACACUUAAACAUGAUUAUCAUAGUUAUGCAUUACAAAACUAUUAGUUCUUGUACUGUAGUAGUUGAUUGCUGCAACUCCUAUAAAAAUAAAAAAAUCAAAGGGCCAGUUUCCCGCACGCUGAUUUAAGCCUCUUCCGGAACUGAAAUACAAGCUCAGUGGAGAGUCUCCCUUAAAGAAACGUGUUAGCCAGGGACUAGGCUUAAUGUGUCUGGGGAAAACCGGCUCAAUCUUUCUGGGUCGUUCCACCAAUUUGUGCCUUAUCAAAUGUGUAACUUGGUGGGGGGAUUUUUUUUUUCUUUUUUUCGUUCUGUCAUAAAGAGAACAUGUUCAACACAAUAAAAAUGUUUUCCCAUCUCGGUGUUAAAUUAAAAAAAGUGCCAAAUAAAGCUAACAGGGUUUGACUGUAACAGAUUUGACUUUAACAGGGUUGACAAUUUUCAUCUUAAAUCAGCCUUUGUGACGGAGGGACUGGAACCUUGUUAUGUGCAACAGGGAGGGGCAAUUGAGGGGGGGAGAAUGAAAGUGUGAAACCAUACCUAGCCUGUCUAUAUAUGGAUAACGGGUUUUGCUUAACCAACUCCGUUUUCCACCACAAAACACCAGAAAAUGUUUUGUGGUGUAAAAUGCUGAGUUUUAGCACUUUAGCAAUUCUUAUUCAUAUAACAAAAAAAAUAACUCGGUGGUCUACUAAAGGGUGUUUCAUUGACACAUAAUAGGCUUUUAAAAUUCAACAUUGGUGUAGAAUUCAUACUUAAAAUGUCAAAGGGAUGCAAAACUCACUCAUUUUGUGGAACGACUGAUCUGUUGCUGCAUUCCGUUGAUCUAGGAUGAGGAGAAAAUAUACUGCGCUGCAAACAGAAUGUUGAAGACCAACAUGCAUUCAUCAACGAUUCUGGCCAUGUCAGAAGUUAUACAUAAGACUAGCUCUGGUCCAGGGCAUUAGUGCGCGUUACUCCACUAUGCCCUGUAUCGAUAUUGACCACACUAACGCCCUGGACUAGAGCUAACCUCCUCUGCCUUAUAGUCACAAUGAAAUCUCCCUCACCAGAGUCCACAGUGUUAAAAGGGAGAACGAUUGUGCGUGUUUAAAAAAAAAAAAACGUACAUCAACCUGUGCAAUUACUUUGUGCACCCUAUUCUCCUAUAUUGAACACUUCUUUUGACCAGAGCACUAUAGGGAAACCUUAUGGGCCCUGGUCAAAACAAGUGUACUAUAUAGAGAGAAGUUAGGGUGCGACUUUGUGUCUUUUGUAACUGGUUGGAUGAAUGAUGGGGAAGAAGUUAUGGUACACAGGACGGAUGCAAUACGUUGAGUGCCUCCUUUAAUACUGUGUUUUACAGUAGCUGGCUGCCAACACAAAAUGUAUGAAUUUGAUAAAGAAUAAAACUACAAUGUA